AUGUUUGCGGUGUGCUUCAUUAUCGCGGCCCUCCUUCCUGCCAUGGAUCAGGCAAUCAAGAGGAACGAAGUCGUCAUGAAUGCCUCGGAAGGCGUGGAAGUAGGUUCCACGAUUGGAACGCUUUCUUCUUACAGUGGUGGGCGGGAGGCGUCUUAUCUGGGCAUGGUCGAUGGAGACGCUCUUUUCAGCAUUGAGAGGGACGGAAAAGUGGUCGUUGCGAAGCCCAUCGAUUUGGAAACUUUAUGUCGUGAAAGAGAGGUCUGUUGCACGUAUUCCAAGCCCUGUCAACUCUACUACACCGUCAUGGUAGAGGAUCCACGCUCGGAGGAGAUAAGGGAAAUCAACUUACGGAUCCGAAUCAUGGAUGUCAACGAUCAUGCUCCACGCUUUCGCCAGCCGAAUGGACAGGUUGUUCAGGUUUCUGAAAAGGCUCCCAUAGGCACGUCAAUCGAUAUUGAUCCCGCAGUUGAUGGUGAUUGGGCGUUGGAGAACCAGAUUCAACGAUACGCACUUCAUGGCUCGGAUAUCCAACGCUACUUCGAGAUUGACAAUUCUGAUUUGCCACGUAUCCAGCUAAAGCUACGUGAGCAGCUGGAUUACGAGAAGCAGUCAGUCUUCAAGGGGACUCUUGAAGCCUGUGAUCGGCAUAACUGUACUACCGCCCCUUUGACAAUUAACAUCAUCGAUGUGAAUGACAACCUUCCAUUCUUCCAUCCCCCUCUGGAGCAUAACCUAACUCUUCCCGAAGACACGCCAAGUGGAAGGGUUAUUCUACGACUCAAUGCGACAGACUAUGAUUCACCACCGAACGCUCGAAUGCGUUUUGAGUUUGUUGGUGCUGAAGAUCCCUCCAUUUCAUCAACCUUUCAUUUAGAUCCGCUCACAGGAGCUAUUUCCCUAGCUCGUAGACUCCAGGCCGAUGUUCGGUUGAACUAUCAUUUCAAGGUUCGUGUGAAGGAAACGUCCGACUCGGCGCCCGUGGGAGUCUACGGUAGACCCUUCCAUUUUAACGAUAUUCAACGUCGAGACACAGUGAGUGUCAACAUUCGAGUAGAGGACAUCAAUGACUUUGCUCCCGAUAUUCGGAUGGUUAUUCCACCUGAGAGUUCAGAAGUUUGGGUUCCUGAAAACUCAUCCCCCGGCAGGAUUGCCACUUUAAAAGUUGAGGACAGGGAUCUAGGUGACAAUGGUCUUGUCACUUGUGGUCUAGACGGCGCUGGUGAAAGUUUUGAACUCCGACAACUCGUUCCUUCCAUCUACGCCCUUCACAGUAGACGCAGUUUUGAUGCAGAAGCCGAACCGAUUGUAUUUGUCAACAUAACCUGUUCAGACAGGGGCACUCCGCGACCGAAGAGCACACAAAAACAUAUUGUUGUUCGGAUUGACGACGAAAAUGAGUUUGAGCCAGUGUUCACGAAGAAGGAGUACUCUGCCAAGAUUACUGAAAAUGCCCCGAAUAACACCUUUGUUCUUCAGGUCAUUGCACGAGAUGGGGACCAAUCAGCUCAACUUGAGUACAGUCUGAAGGGCGACGGCGAACGCUACUUCAAAAUAGAUCCAGGCACGGGAAAAAUAACAACCAUGGAACGAGAUAUGUACCAUAUGAGUCGACUGGAUCGUGAAAUGACACCUGAAGUGACCUUCUUUGUUCUUGUCAAAGAUGCGAAACCUGAUCGACUGGUUGGUGGUAAGGGUGAUAGCCAGAAAGAUUCUGGCGUGGUUCACACCGCACAGACGACUGUCACUGUGGAAUUGAUCGAUGAGAAUGACAACGCACCCUCCUUCACGGAUAUCGGGCCGUUCCAUCUGUCGGAGAACCAUCCCAAACACUCCAAAGUAAAUGGACAUCUACAUGCUGAAGACCCAGACCAGGGACUCAAUGGCAAGUCUUUAAUCAAAGGGGAGAAAUUGGUAAAGGUGAUGGGUGAGGCGAAACGGGGGGUACAACAACUAGGCCGUCGCGACAGCCCUUGUCUGACCUCAAUGUGGAGACAGGAUUGUGACUGUACAGUUAGUGUUGCCAUCAUCGCAACGCCUGUCGAUGUGCAUUCAAGUGAUGCGAUGUCCGCCCCGUCCCAAAUACCGUCCACUUGGGGGGAGAAGCUAGUCGAAUCCAACGUGGGAUUUGGUGGAACUCCAUCCUUUCUGGCUCCACCCAAGGCCUCUAUAGUCCACAACGAGCGUGUUUCGUCCGUCCCAUUUACCAGAAGGGAGCCCUUUGUGAUGCGUGAGAGGGCUGUCAUCUCCACGCCUUUCAAAUACGCUGUGAAAUAUGGGCUACAGGAUGUAUGGGACUCCUCAAACCACGUGCGAAAGCAUAACCUUUUUCAACUGGAUGAAACCACCGGAGUUUUGCGAGCUCUGGAACCUCUAGAUCGUGAACAGACAGCUGAGUAUACACUCCGUGUGGUUGCCUGCGACAUGGCACCUCGUGACACCCGUUGCACCAGUGUCAAUGUUACUGUCUCCGUGGGAGACGUCAAUGACAACGCUCCAGAAUGGCUGUUCCCGGUUGUUAGUGAUGAAGCCUCUGCUGAAUUUGCAGAAUGCGUCAAUAUUACGACAGACGCUGUAGCUGGACAGGUGGUGGCUCAACUAGUAGCUCAUGACAGGGACGCUGGACAGAAUGGAAGAGUUCGCUACGCUCUUCACGAUCCUCACAGUCAGGUCGCAUUUUCGGUUAACGCUACGACGGGUCGAGUCACUGUUGCUAAUAGAUACUAUACUGGAUUGGCGGAAUCCAGCGGAUCUCAACAGCAACAACAACAGACUCUACAACCGGGGGUUCAUCGCCUCAGAAUUCGAGCUUCGGAUAUGGGUCAACCUCCCCAGUUCUCAGAUACCUGGCUAACGAUUCGCGUCGUGGGAGCAAGCUCAAGUUUCUUCAGUCUCCAAACGGGUUUACUGGUUCUUCUGGUCCUAGUAACUCUUAUAAUUGCAGUCAGUUUAAUCGUAGCCAUUGUAUGCAUUCGUCGGCAGCAUUCCACAGGCUGCAAAUCGCGUCAACAGAUCGUCCCAACACCAUCCCACGCUCCUAGUUACAUUCUUCCAACAGCUCAUCCUCAUUCAGACUAUCCCACCUUCCUGAAACAGAGUGGUAGUGGACCUGCCUACAUGUUAGCAAAGACGACUGCUGGAAGUGUCUGUUCCAGCGAUCAUUGCGAAGGCAGUGGUGCUGGAAAUUGCCCAAUCACUGAUCUAGGAGUUACGGAGUUCUACGCUCCCUACGGUCUAGCAACGAGUAGCACCCAGGGCGACGAUCAAGUGAGAUUUGUUGAGGUGGAUCCGACAGGAAUAGCUGGAAGCACGGCGGCAUAUUUGUCUUUUGCUCGAAGCGAAGUUGGAUCGAGCACUUCGCCGGGAGUGAGACUGGUUAGCACCUACCAUCCCGUGGCGUAUAACACUUGUGAUUCUGUCAGUCCCCUACCCACCAUGUCUUCGGGAAAUCCUGCUCCCGCACAGUCAGUUCAGGGCAUGCUCAAAUUCAGACAGGGUCUCAUAUUUGCCAUCGUUAAGGCCUCGGCGACAGAAUUUCCAAAUUCUGGCCCAGAGACGCGAAGCUGUCAAUCGUGUCGAACGGCAUUCCACUGUUAUGCUGGUCGAGAAAUUCGUCCCGCCACAUUGCAAAUAGACGCGACAGCACACCUGGGCGGGUCUGGGGGCUCCCGACGACCUUUAUUGGUUCGCCAGGCAUCACGCACACUGCCCCCCUCAUAUGUUGUGGGAAUGGAGGAGGUGGUACUGGGCGUUUUUGAAAGUGAUGAUGCGAACUUUUUACCAACACUGUUGACAUCAGGCCCACCGGAGUUCCUCUACCCAGGUCGAGGCAACAGCGAAGAGGUUUUUGAACUUCCAGAGGCGUCAGGAGGUCGGUACGCAGCGCCUGGCCAUGUGCACACCUCUCAUCACCACCCACUUGCCUCCUCUGAACAGUUCGAAGGCGGUUCCGCGGACUCUGGCAGGGGUGUGAGUGAGGACGAACCUCCACCGGCUCACGUCAUCCAUUGCAACGGUAGUUCUGACUGCCUUCCAAUUUCCAAUACAUCGACAUUCUUUUGCCAGAAUCCGGGAUCUCUGCAUAGACCCUCCACUUUCCUUGGGAAUGGCGGUGGUGGACCACCCCUCUGCUUCCUUGUAGCAGGUAGUAGUGAACGCUUUAUGGCUAACCCCUGCAUUUAA